GGGGCAGGACCGGGGCAGGGCGGGCUCACCAUGGCGGAGGAGGCGGAGUUCUGCUUCUCGGCGCUCUAUAUAAGCAGCCAGUGGCCGCGGCUGCGCCGUGAAACUGACCUUCAGUGUGUCGGCUUCAGCGACAUGGCGCCCUCCAGGAAGUUUUUCGUCGGGGGAAACUGGAAGAUGAAUGGGAGGAAGACGACCCUGGCGGAACUCAUCACCACCCUGAACGCCGCCAAGGUGCCGGCCGACACCGAGGUGGUUUGUGCACCCCCCACCGCCUACAUUGACUUCGCCAGGCAGAAGCUGGAUCCCAAGAUUGCUGUGGCUGCCCAGAACUGCUACAAAGUGCCUAACGGGGCUUUUACUGGAGAGAUCAGCCCUUGUAUGAUCAAAGACUGUGGAGCCACGUGGGUAGUCCUGGGGCACUCGGAGAGAAGGCACGUCUUUGGGGAGUCGGAUGAGCUGAUUGGGCAGAAAGUGGCCCAUGCCCUGGCCGAGGGACUUGGAGUGAUCGCCUGCAUUGGGGAGAAGCUAGAUGAGAGGGAAGCUGGUAUCACUGAGAAGGUCGUUUUUGAACAAACCAAGGCCAUCGCAGAUAACGUGAAGGACUGGAACAAGGUUGUUCUGGCCUAUGAGCCUGUGUGGGCCAUUGGUACAGGGAAGACUGCAACACCCCAACAGGCCCAGGAAGUACACGAAAAGCUCCGGGGAUGGCUUAAGUCCAAUGUCUCUGAUGCAGUGGCUCAGUGCACCCGCAUCAUUUAUGGAGGUUCUGUGACUGGGGCCAACUGCAAGGAGCUGGCGUGCCAGCCCGACGUGGAUGGCUUCCUCGUGGGGGGCGCGUCCCUCAAGCCUGAAUUCGUGGACAUCAUCUGUGCCAAACAAUAGGCCCCAGAUCCACCCCCCUGGAUAAGCCCCAAAUCCAUCUGUGCCACACCAUAGGCCCCAGAUCCACCCCCUGCCUUCCUGCUCUGCCAAGGACUGUGACGCUCAGAAGCCCAAUGACUGCCCCUCCCUCGCCCCACCCCCACACAUACUUCUGAUGGUACCACCUGCCCCUUCUUGUGGCCUCGUCCAAACUGUAGCUCUCCUUUACCAUGUACACCUGUAAAGCUUGGGACUAUCCCUCCUCUACUUACUAUAAUAAUUGGAACAAAACGUGUCACCAAGAUGGCUUCUCCUUGGCGAGAGGUAGAAGGGUGGGGUUUGCUCGUGAGCCCCCUCAGUCCGCACUGAAGGCAGGAAAGAGAAGCCAUCCUCCUCUCCCAUCUCGUACAUGAGGCCCGGGGCUGGGAAAGAGCCCUGUCCUCCCCGGAGGCUACGGGUGCCGUUUUCCUCCCCGGUGCCAUCGCCUGUGUAUUGUGUAUGUGAGCAGUCCCACUUGGGGGUGGGAAUAAACAUCUGGCAUUAA